AUGACGAUCGAGCAUGAGUAUGUGAUCAUCCUUAUCUUCAGCGGCUUGUCACUGGCGAUGUCCGACCCGGACAACUUUCUACCAAGCCAGAGCGAGCCUCUACCGUUUACUGUCAACAAAGACGCAGUCAGUAAGAAUCCCGCAGAUGCGUGGAGCCUUGGUAUCACGUUACUGUGCCUCUUAUUUGUCCUCCUGCUGGGACUGGCGGUGCGGAAACUGUACGAGAGGGCGUUGCGGAAGCGACGAGUGCUGGAUGGAAUUGUGUAUCCUGAUUCUCUUGGCCAAUUCCUGGCGGAGAGGUUGGCCAACUCGUCUCAUGCUACCCCUCAGCCGCCUGGGAGCAAUGUCAGUGAAGAAGACCAGGCCAGACAGUACAGGGAAGAAGCCCGCGGCCACCAGCGUACUCCUCAUGCCACAUCGUCGAAUUUGCCAGAGAUGUCAAUGUCGGCGAAUUUUCCUGCUAGACCGCAUUCGCCAGGGAGUACUGCCAGUGAAGAAGCCGAACUUCACCAGAUCCAGGAAGCAGCUCGGACGAACUCUCAGAGCGUCGGCUCCGAUGAUCCUCGUGCCGCUCCGCUUACCUUGCAAGAAGUAUGA